AUGACAGAGCUAUAUUUUUUAAGACAUGGUUUAAGAAUAGAUGAUGCUCUUAAAAAAGAAUCAAAUGCAAAACCGUUAUUACAAGAUUAUAAACCGUAUGAUGUUCCACUUGCAGCAGAUUCAAAUUCUCAAAUUAAAGAGGUUGUCGAUGAAAUAUUACAAUUAACUAAAGCGUUUGAUGAUAAUAAUGAAGAUAGUACAACUACAAGACUUAAAAAUAUCUAUGUUCAUUUUAGUCCCUUUUUACGAUGUUGUCAAACGGCAGAUAUUUUAAUAACAGAAUUAAAAGCAAAAUUAUCAGAAAUUCAUAAAAAUUACAAAAUUAGAUUUCAAUUAUUAGGAGAUUUUGCAUUGAGUGAAUGGAUUCAUAAAGAAAUGAAAUAUCAAGAACUGUUAGUGGAUGCUUAUAAUUUUUAUAUACCGAAUUUAAAAACACUUAAAAAUAAAAAUGCAUGUUCAAAUUUUAGGCCUACAACUACUUUAGGUCCUUAUAAUGGUCCAGGUUUAAGUUAUAAAGAUUUUCAACAAAAUUGUAAAGAUUAUUUUAAGAAAUUAUUAGCAACUUAUGAUAAAUCAAGUUUUAUAAAGAAUAAAGAUAUCAUAAUAAUUGUAAGUCAUGGUUAUACAAUUAAUAAUUUUAUGUCAUAUUUUUUAAAUCAUCCAUUAUUUGAUGAAAUACCAGAAGCUAAAUUAAAUUACGCUCAAAGAGUAUUAAAGAGUGAACCAGAAAAUGAUGAUCAAUAUGAUCCAAAGAAUUAUACUUGGAAGCUACAAAAAGAUGCAUUAAAUUUAAUAAAUGAUGAUAUGGAUACAACAUUAAAUUUAGAAACUGAUAUAGUAUAUUACAAGACAAAUUUCAUUAAAAAAUCUGAGGUUGAUAAUCCACCAAAAGGAGAAAUACCCGAUGAAUAUAAACCCAGGGCAUCAUUUAAAAUAGAAUCUACUUCUGCAUCAAGACAAGGAUUUGGAGACUCAAAUAAACCACCAAUAAGACAUAAUUAUCUAUGUUCAGCAGCAAGAGAUUGGAAACCAAAUGAAAAAUAUUUUGCAAUAAGAGCUGAAUUUAAAGAAAAGGUAAUGAAUGAUGAUUCAUUUAGGAAAAAUUAUUCAAUUACAAGUCAUCCAUCAAGACCUAUUAGCCCAACUGUAUCACCAAAUUCUGCACCAACAAGAUCGAAUUCUGUUAUUGAUUUAUCAAAAAUUUUAACAAAUGAAGAUAUAACACCAAUGAAAUUGAAAUAUUCAAAUACUUCAGAAAUUCCAAUACAUAAAAUUAAUAGUAGAGUUAAUUCACAAGUUAAUUUAACUACUUACAAUAGACCAAAUUCAACAGAUAAUUCAUUAGUUGAUUUACCUAAACAUGUUCAAGAUUUACAUAAUCAAAAUAGAUCUAGAUCAAGUUCAAAUCCAAAUAGUUAUAUCGUUGUACAAAAUAGUACAAAGGACUCAUACUUUCCAGCAGCUAUAACUAAAGUUAAAUCAUCAGGUUCAGAUGUCUCAAUAGAUUCAAUGCAAAGUGAAGAUACAGAUGUUAAAAUGGAUCCAAUAGAGGAAAAAUUUGAACCUAAUCAUAUUAGAAAUUCACCAAUAGAAACACUAAAUCGAGCUAGAUCAUUAAAUAAAAGAAAGACAAAUAAUCCAUUACUUUUAUCAUAUCAACAAAAACGUUCAGCACAAAAUGUUCCAACUAUACCAAAUUCUUUAACCAAUUCAAUGGCAAGUUCUUUGACAAAUUCUGCAACUUCAAUACCUAAAAUACCACAAAAGAAAACAAAGACAAAUAAUAUAACCGAUAGUGAACCUGAUAAUGAUAUUGAAAAUGAUAGUAUGAGUGAUAAUGAAUCAAUGGAAGAUGUAAAUAAUAAUAAAUUACUUUCAUUAUUAUUUAAUGCAAAAUCAAAUAGUUCACCACCUCCAAAUGUUUCACCGCCAAUGUCAAGAGGUAAUAGGCUGAGAAAGAAUUCAAUAAAAUAUAUACUGGGAUCAAAAAUGAAUGAAAACAAUAAAAGACCAGUAUUUUAUAAUUUUGAAUCAGAUGAUAGUUCAAGUGGAGAUGAUGAAUAUGAAGAAGAAGAGAGUAAUCCUAAAAAGUAUAAUGGGUAUAUGAAUAAGAGUGAUAGUAGUAAUAGUAAUAGUAAUAGUAAUAGUAAUAGUAAUAGUACAAAUGAUAGAUAUAACUGGUUUGGUCAAAAUAGAUAG